AUGCCAAAAUCAAACUCCUGGGCUCAGCAGGAGACGCAGAAGGCAGCACUGCGGUACGAAUGGGCGGUCAGCAUCCACAACGCCGCCCGCGAGAUGGUCUUUGUGGCGGAACAGGGCGUCAUGGCCGACAAGAACCGGCUCGACCCCACCUGGCAGGAGAUGCUCAACCAUGCCACCUGCAAGGUGAAUGAGGCGGAGGAGGAGCGGAUGCAAAGCGAGCGGGAGCACCAGUGCGUCACUCGGCUCUGCCAGCAGGCGGAAGCCAAGGUGCAGAGCCUGCAGAAAUCCCUCAAGCGUGUCAUCGUAAAGAGCAAGCCCGACUUCGAGCUCAAGGCCCAGUUCAACCAGAUCCUCGAGGAGCACAAGGCCAAGGUGACGGGGCUGGAGCAGCGGGUCUCCCAAGCCAAAAGGCGCUACUCGGUGGCGCUUCGUAACCUGGAGCAGAUCAGUGAGCAGAUCCACGCCCGGCGGCUGCAGCGCCUCAUCCAAUGCCGGGCCUUGCCAGUAGGGGCAGAGGCAGGGGCUGGCCUGGGUGCUGAGUGCCCCCCCACGGACACGCUCUCCAUGCUCAGCUUGCAGACCAUUGCCUCCGACCUGCAGAAGUUUGACUCGGUGGAGCAUCUGCUGGGGCUGUCGGACGCCACCAGUCUCAACAGCGAUGAGCUGGAGGAGCAGGAGCAGCGACGGGGCGGACAGAGCCAGUUCAAGCACCACCGCAGCGUCAGCCUCUAA